AUGCCGCAGAACGAAUACAUUGAGCGUCACCGUAAAUUAUAUGGACGUCGUCUUGACUAUGAAGAAAGAAAACGUAAACGGGAGGCCCGUGAACCUCACAAGAGGGCCCAAGUUGCCAGAAAUCUGCGAGGUAUCAAGGCCAAAAUAUUCAACAAAGAACGCAGGAAUGAAAAGAUUCAAAUGAAAAAGAAAAUCAAGGCACAUGAAGAGAAGAAGGUCAAGAAAACUACAGAAAAUGUAGCUGAGGGAGCCCUACCUGUUUAUCUAUUGGACCGUGAUGUCCAAUCUAGGGCUAAGGUCCUAUCCAACAUGAUCAAGCAGAAGAGGAAAGAGAAAGCUGGUAAAUGGGAUGUGCCAAUUCCCAAAGUUAGGGCACAAGCAGAUUCUGAAGUAUUGAGGGUUGUCAAGUCUGGAAAAACCAAAAGGAAAGCAUGGAAACGUAUGGUUACAAAGGUCACAUUUGUUGGUGAAGGCUUCACCAGAAAACCUCCAAAAUUUGAACGUUUUAUUAGACCAAUGGCACUCAGAUUCAAGAAAGCACAUGUUACACACCCAGAACUCAAAGCUACAUUCUGUUUACCCAUCAUUGGAGUGAAGAAAAAUCCAAGCUCACCCAUGUUUACAAGUUUAGGGGUUAUAACUAAGGGAACUGUUAUUGAAGUGAAUAUUUCUGAAUUGGGGUUGGUGACUCAAGCUGGUAAAGUGGUGUGGGGUAAAUAUGCACAAGUUACAAAUAAUCCAGAAAAUGAUGGGUGCAUCAAUGCAGUUUUGUUAGUUUGA